AUGAGGGCGAGGCCUGCCAUCCGCGUCACUGGAUGGGUGUGCAAUUCAUGUCGUGCCCGUCAGACCGCGGCAAAGGGGCAUUCGCUUGUCCCGAGUCGCAAAGCCUCGACUGCGCCAACCAGGAGCAGCAGCACGACGCAUUCCACCCCAAAACGAGGAAAGCUGCCCUCGACACCAGCUCGAACUCGGUUCGCUCCCUCUCCCACGGGAAACCUUCACUUAGGGUCCAUCCGUACUGCGUUGUUCAAUUACCUCCUUGCUCGAGCGACGAACGGUCGGUUCCUUCUUCGAAUCGAGGACACCGAUGCAAAGAGGACGAUACCCGGUGCGGAGGACCAGUUGUACAGAGAUCUGAGGUGGGCUGGGCUGCAAUGGGACGAGGGCCCUGAAGUAGGAGGACCUUACGGCCCAUAUCGACAGUCUGAACGACUUGAGCUGUACAAGACACACAUCAAGGGCCUGUUGCAGACGGGACAGGCGUACCGCUGCUUCUGCACGUCGGACCGUCUCGAUGAUCUCAAUCGCCGCCGCCACGAAAAGGGUUUGAGUUUGGGGUACGACAGGAAAUGUCUGAACAGCCUCUCCCCGUCUCAGGCGGAAGAGAAAGCCCAUCGCGGUGAAGCGCAUGUUAUCCGUUUCCUGUCCCCGCCCGAGUGGCCUCGCUAUAAUGACCUCGUCUACGGCAAAUCUCAAGGCCACGGGGCCGAAAAGACCAAAAGAUUGCUCGUGGACGAACCGGUAUACGAGGAUGCGAUCCUGAUGAAAUCCGAUGGCUUCCCUACUUACCACUGGGCAAAUGUUUGUGAUGACCAUGAAAUGCACAUCACCCACGUUGUCCGGGGGUCGGAAUGGAUGGCUUCGACACCAUUGCAUGUCGCGCUAUAUAACUCCCUCGACUGGACGCCUCCAGCUUAUGCCCACGUCCCACUGCUGGUCGACGCCAACAAACAGAAGCUCAGCAAGAGGAACUUCAACUCUGACAUCUCGCGGUUUCGCGACCAAGGAAUAUUUCCCGAAGCCCUCGUCAAUUUCGCAGCGCUCUUGGGCUGGUCUCACACUCAGAAACGGGAUGUCAUGAACCUCGCCCAGCUCGAAUCCCUUUUUGAUCUGAAAAUCACAAAGGGGAACACCAUUGUCUCGCUGGAUAAAUUGAACUUUUUGCAGGAACAACAUGCUCGCCGACGAGUGCUAGCUGGAGGGGAAGAAUUUGAGCAAAUGAUUCGCGAUGUGGCCGUCUCUCUUUUGGACAAGUACGGCGCUGGGAGAAUCAUGCAGUUUCUAGACACUGGUUCGCAGAAACGGCAGCUAAGAGAUGUGCUCGUCCAGUUACUGAAGGUCGAAUCUCUACAUUACCGCUCUCCAUCUCAAUUCGCCGAACAGUGCGCCUUGUUCUUCGAGCCUGUGUCCCUGAAAAACCACUUGGAAGUCAGUGACGUCGGGCUCCUUCAUCCACUCCGCGUCGCAGCAUCAACGCUGGCUUUGAUCCCCGAAGAGUCAUGGACCCGAGACACGCACCUCUCGCACCUCCGCUCCCUCGAAGCGAGCGGACCCGACGAGUCCGUCGACGCGCGGACCUGGAAACGGGAACUGUACCACUACCUCCGCUGGGCAUUGCUGGGCGGCAGACAAGGGCCCGGCAUCGCCGAGACACUGGAGAUCCUGGGGCGGGGGACGUGUAUCGCGAGAAUUCAAGACGCGAAUCUACGGGCCCGAGAGCUCGAGUCCGUCACCACCAAGCCCGUCAUCCAGGCUCAAGGGUGGAAAGGCGAUGUCGACGGCAAGAGACGAGUCGACAAGGAGUGGAAAGCGUAUGCGCUUCGUCCGUAA